CAUGUAUGUUCAGUUCGAUUGAGUCCGACGCCACAGCCAAACAACAGCUCUACUAUGUACCUCAACUUGUUAGCAGUUUUUCUCCUUGUUCAUUCCUGUGUUGCACUGAAUCACAGUAAUUCAAAGGACUAUGUGGCUGCCGUGUAUGAACAUGCUGCAUUUUUCAUCCCAGGCAUCAAAACUCCACCAAGAGAACUCGCUCUAAAAAUUAUGAUGAUAAAUCUCGCUGUUUAUGAAGAACAAGCCAAGAAAGCUAAAUCCAGAGGCGCACAGAUCAUUGUUUUUCCUGAAGAUGGUCUCUAUGGUUAUGGAUACAAAAGAGAUGACAUCAAGUCAUUUCUAGAAAUCAUUCCAAAGGCAUCGUCUCUUAAACAUCCGUGGAAUCCAUGUCUUGACCCCAGUCGAUUUAGCAACACUGAAGUACUGAAUAAACUGAGCUGUAUCGCUAUGAAUAACACCAUUGCUGUGGUAGCUAACAUGGGAGACUUGCAGCCAUGCUCCAAGCCAAGAGAUCCAAACUGCCCAGAUGAUAAUCAUUACCAGUACAACACGGAUGUGGUUUUUGAUCUAGAUGGUACAUUCUUGGCAAAAUACCAUAAACAACAUCUUUUCCAUGAAAAUCAGUUCAAUACCCCUUCACAGUGUGAAUACGUGACUUUCACCACCGGAUUUGGAGUUCGAUUUGGCGUCUUUACCUGCUUUGAUAUGCUGUUUAAGUGUCCUGCAGUUGAUUUGGUAGAAAAAUACGGGAUACGAAAUAUAGUUUUCCCAACAGCAUGGUUUGAUGGCUUUCCUAUUUUAAUGUCAGUGGAAUAUCAACAAAGCUGGUCGAGGACAAACUGUGUCAAUCUUCUUGCCGCCAAUAUUCAUAUUCCAUUAGAUACAGUGGACUUUUUUGGCAGUGGGAUAUACUCCUGCGGAGAAAUAAAGGCUUAUGUGUUUGAUCCACUGGCAACGAAAGAACAAAGGCUGUUAAUAGCAACCUUACCGGAUCUUGAGGCGACAACUAAGGAUGCCAGUGACCCUCCAAAUCCUGGAGCUCUGAUGCCACAGGCUGAGGUAAAACAGGCCCUGGAAAAUGUUAACAAAGAGGCCAGUGAUGACGGUGGCAGAAUGGCACCAGUAUUUGAAGGGGAAAUCAUGGAUGAUAAUUAUAUGAUGAAAUGGCUCGAUCCCCACAACACGAGGAUCUCAGUCUGUCACAAUGCCCUUUGCUGCACUCUGGAUUACAGUAUUGGUAAUAAUAAAGUGGAAGAGAGUUAUGCCUUGGGGGCCUUUCGAGGACAUCAUAAUCCAGAAGGGUUCUUCCUGGAGGUGUGUAUCUUGCUGAAAUGUGCCGGGUCAAGCGAGAAGAUGUGUGGAACCAAGGUGGAUACUUCAUCCACAGUCUUCAAAUAUGUGCAGCUAUCUGGAAAUUUCACAUCGACAGCUCAUGUUUAUCCUGAAAUCUUGACCAGCGGUUUGAAGCUUGCCGCCAAACAAGAGGUUAGUGUCAGUGGUCAUGUUACCAUGACAACCAAAACGCUAAGAGAACCUUUGAUUUCGGCUUCUUUGUUUGGUCGAGAUUACGACAAAGACAAACCAUAAGACCUUAUGACGUCACAUGAAAAAAGUCUUAGGUUUUAACGCUUAGAGUCAUGGUCUUGGAGCAACAAAUCUAAGAAAACUGCAAUUUUUUUUGUUCAGCCUUAGGAAAGCAAUAUUAGUCACCAAAUACCGUAUAUGUUGUUGCGCAAACAAAGGUUUAUAAGAUGUUUGAAAAGCAGACACAUAAGAGCUAUCAAUUGAGGUGUAGAGUAAAAUUACAGAGGCGGAUCCUGGAAUUUUAAAGGGGAGGGUUGACUAUUACAAAUUUUUUUCCAGAAAUUCGAGGAAAAG